AUGGAUAAGCAAGAAUUUAUAGAGACUCAUCCUGAAUAUGGAUAUAAUGGAACAAUAGAUGAAAUCUAUCAAAAUGAAUUUAUAAAUCAUUAUCCUUCGGAUCGAAUAUAUCUUGAUCAUGCUGGUACAACAUUAUACAGUCAAUCUCAAUUAGAUGCUCAUUUUCAUCAACUGCGUACAUUAACAUUGAAUAAUCCACAUAGUGAACAAGAAGAUUCUAAAUCAUUAUUAUUAAUUCAAGAAUGUGUGGAAUUAAUUUUAUCCAUAUUUGAAACAUCAAGUCGUUAUUAUUCGAUUAUAUUUACAUUGAAUGCAACUCAUGCUUGCCAAUUAUUAUCAUCAUUAUUUCCAUUUUCAUCUCAAUCUGAAUAUGCUUAUAUGAUCGAUAGUCAUAAUAGUCUUAUUGGAAUUCGACAACAAGUCAAAUUGAAAGGAGGUUCAUUUUCAAUAAUUUCUCACCCUCUACAGAUUUAUAAUAAAGAAAACGAUUCCAAUAAUAAUUGGUCAUUUCGUUGUAUGGGCCAUUCGGCAUCUUCUCCUUCACCUAAUGUAGAAUCAAGUGAUCCAUAUUAUUGUCUAUUUGCAACACCAGCAGAAAAUAAUUUUAAUGGACUUCGAUCACCACUCGACGAACUUGUACGACCUUUUAUUAAUGCACGAGAUAAUCAAUUGAAAGAUUUUCCCAUACCAGUACAUCGCAGUCCAUCGGAAGCAUGCCAUUGGUUAACAUUAGUAGACUGUGCAAAAUAUUUAUCAACAAAACCAUUUUCACUUUCAUCGUAUCCAGUUGAUUUCGUUGUUUUAUCAUUUUAUAAAAUCUUUGGUUAUCCAACUGGUUUAGGUGCAUUGAUAAUUCGAAAUGAAUCAUUAAAAUUACUGAAUAAAGAAACUUAUUUUGGCGGUGGCAGUGUAGAAUAUGUAUCACCCUACGAUGAUUCUCGUGUUGAGUAUAAAUCUGGUAUCAAUGGAUUUAUUCAUGGAACGAUACCAUGUGCAACAAUUCUUUCUCUUCAUCAUGGUUUUCAAUUAAUAACAAAUAAACUAUCAUAUAAGUCGAUAUCAUUACACACGCAAUGUUUAAUUGAUUAUUGUAGAAAUGAAAUGCUAAAAUUAAAUUAUUCAAAUGGGCAACGCCUUUGCUUAUUUUAUGAUGCACGAAGUAAUUUAUUAAUUGAAAAUGGUUAUUCAUACGGACCGAUUCUAAAUUUUAAUUUGUUUAAUAUCUAUGGACAAUUUAUUUCUUGUCGUUUAAUUCACAGAAUUGCUACUAAUCAUAAUAUCAUUUUAAGAGUAGGAACAUUUUGUACGCCAGGUGCAAGUCAAGCUUAUCUUGGUUCAAGUAAAUCAUUUGAAAAUGACCAUGAAUGUCGUCGUGGACUUUUUUGUGGUACAAAUGCGGAUGGUGAUGAUGUUUUAGAUUCUGGUCGUCAACCAUUAGGUAGUAUUCGUCUAAGUCUUGGUUGGAUGAGUCGAUAUGAAGAUAUUCAAUGUUGGAUUCAUUUUCUUCGGCAAGUUAUUUUACAAGGUAUUGGAAUUGCACCUCAACUACCAUCAUCUGUACCAACGGACAAUGGAUGUGAUGAAGAGAAAAAUUUAAUUUUAACUCAUAUUUAUAUUUAUCCAAUAAAAUCUUGUGCUUCAAUAUUAGUAAAAGAAUGGCCUUUAACAUCAAUGUCAUUUUUGUAUGAUCGCGAAUGGAUGAUUAUUGAUCAAAAUUUAAAUCCAUUAACACUUAAACGUUUACCAGCUUUAUCACAAAUAAAACCUUCUAUUAACUCAGAACAAAAUCAACUUAUACUCAAUGCAACUAAUCAUCCAUCAUUUAUUAUUGAAAUUAACAAUGAUUCAACUAUGAUUAAAUCAACGGUGAAUUUAAAUGAUGGAAUAACUUGCCAUGUUUAUGGUGGUGAAAUUGAGCAAUGGCUAACUAAAGUUUUAGGUAUUUAUGCAACAUUAGCGCGUCGUACAAAUGAUAGCCAAAUGACGUUAGCAAAUGAAGGUACUUUUCUUCUUGUAAAUGAAGAAAGUGUUAGACAAAUUCGAUCGAACUUAAAUGAAAAAAUUACACAUGAGCGUUUUCGACCAAAUUUAGUUGUUGACAAACAAUACGCCAAUCAAUCUUUUUCAGCGUAUAGUGAAGAUUCUUGGAAGCGCUUAGUUAUUUUAAAUGAAUCCGAUAUUGAAUUGAAAGUCAUUGGUUUAUGUCAACGAUGUACAGUAGUUAAUGUUGAUCCAUCAACUGGAAAAAAUCAAAGUCAUCUUUUUACUCUUUUGCAAACACAACGGAGAGAAAUGAAUACAUUAAGAGCUAAUUUUGGAAUUUUACUGAAUCUUUCGAAAACAUAUGAAAAUGCUAUGAUUCAUGUUGGAGAUCAGAUUCAAAUUUUUAAAUAA